AAGAACAGUCCAUCCAAAAACAUGCACACACCUAAUGGCCGGCUGGCAGGGAGGGUGCUGCUAAGGGCAACAAGUUCUUUAUGUGCGUGUGUGUGUGUGUGUUGGUUAUUAGGUGUCUGCAGUUCUAAUAAAGGAAAGCGCUGCGUCCUUCACUGCCUCAUCAGAUGGUUUUACUCCGCUUUGUCCGCCUGUCUGAUCUCUGUCCGUGUGUUUGUCAGAGCCGCAGUGGAGCUGGACGGCUCGCAGCCUCUGGAUCAUCUGGAGAAGUGCGCUUUUCGGGGAAGGACUUCUUCUGUUUUUUGGGUUUUUUUUCUCUCUCCGUGUAACAAGGGUGUUCAAGAAUGAGUUUAUAGGACAGUAAGACUCAAGAUGUUUCCACGUUUGUUUGACCUGUCCUGAAGUGUCUAUACGGCAUGUAAGUGAGGGAGAGUGCGUGUGCGUGCGUGUGUGUGUAUGUGUUUGUGGUGUUGCAAACGCCAUUGGAAAUGCUGGGGUGUCCAGCGAGGUUAUUUCUGGAUCAGUGACAGCGUGUCAAUGGCUGCAGAUGCGUCGCAAAGGAAGGCUCUGAGAUACCAACAGACCCUGCUGUACGGUGAGUACAGGGAGCAGCUGGGGAACUUUGCCAGACGGGAGGCUGCCCGUUUGCUGACGGAGAGACAAUGGAGGAGACAGACAGGGGACAACACCUCAGCCUCGGGCCGCAGAGGCCACGGCCGGCGGGAUCAUCAUCAUCAUCAGCACCCUGUGGCCCUCGAGUCACAUCUCAGCCACACCUCAUCUACCAAGAAGCCUCGUCCGUACUCCAAAUGCCAAGAUUGUUUGGCUCGUGUGCGGCGGUACAUAGUGACCAAGAUGGGGGAGGAUUGGAUUUUCCUGGUUCUCCUGGGACUGACUAUGGCUCUGGUCAGCUGGAGUAUGGACUAUGCCAGCGCCAAGAGCCUGCAAGCCUAUAAGUGGAUGCACGGGGAGCUGAAGGGCAACGUGGCACUCCAAUACCUUGCGUGGGUUACGUAUCCCAUGAUCCUUAUCAUGUUCGCCUCGCUCUUCUGUCACCUGGUUUCCCCACAGGCCAUCGGUUCUGGUAUUCCAGAGCUGAAAACCAUCCUUCGAGGUGUAGUCCUGAAAGAAUAUCUUACCCUGAAAGCCUUCGUAGCAAAGGUCAUCGGCCUGACUGCUGGCCUGGGCAGUGGAAUGCCAGUGGGAAAAGAGGGUCCAUUUGUCCACAUCGCCAGCAUCUGCGCCGCCGUGCUGAGUCGAUUCAUGUCCAUCUUCUCUGGAGUCUAUGAGAACCCUUAUGGUUACACAGACAUACUGACUGUUGGCUGUGCCGUGGGGGUGGGAUGCUGUUUCGGCACUCCACUAGGAGGGGUGUUGUUCAGUAUUGAGGUCACGUCUACCUACUUUGCGGUGAGGAAUUACUGGCGGGGAUAUUUUGCUGCCACAUUCAGCGCCUUCAUAUUCAGGGUGCUCUCUGUUUGGAACAAGGAUGCUGUCACAAUCACAGCUCUCUUCAAAACCAACUUCAGGAUGGAUUUCCCCUUUGACCUGCAGGAGCUGCCUGCAUUCGCAGUAAUAGGGAUCUCGUGUGGCUUCUUGGGGGCGUUCUUCGUCUACCUGAACAGGCAGGUGGUUCUCUUCAUGAGGAGGCCGACAGCUCUCACACGCUUUCUAACCAGACAUCGAUUAAUCUAUCCAGGCGCAGUGACGCUGAUCAUUGCCACCUUGACGUUUCCUCCUGGAUUUGGACAAUUCAUGGCUGGAGAGCUGAUGCCCAGAGAGUGUAUCAACUCUCUGUUUGAUAAUUUCACCUGGACCAAAAUCUCAGGAACUUCUUUUCCACCUGGCCUGGGUCGCUCUGCUGCAUGGCUGCAUCCUAGUGUCAGCGUGUUCGUCAUCCUCCUCCUCUUCUUCAUCAUGAAGUUCUGGAUGUCAGCAGUUUCCACCACGAUGCCCAUCCCCUCGGGCGCCUUUAUGCCAGUGUUCAUAUUAGGAGCUGCUUUCGGUCGACUCGUAGGAGAGAUCAUGGCCACUCUAUUCCCCAAUGGAAUCCUGUUUGAUGGGAUAGUCUACCGCAUCCUGCCUGGAGGUUAUGCUGUGAUUGGAGCGGCCGCAAUGACGGGAGCCGUCACACACACAGUUUCCACGGCAGUAAUCUGCUUCGAGCUGACAGGUCAAAUCUCCCACAUCUUGCCGAUGAUGGUGGCCGUCAUCCUCGCAAACAUGGUGGCCCAGGGUCUGCAGCCUUCCCUCUAUGACUCCAUCAUCCAGGUGAAGAAGCUGCCCUACCUGCCUGAGCUGGCCCUCGGGCACAUCAGCAAAUAUAACAUCUUUGUGGAAGACAUCAUGGUGCGCAGAGUGAAGUUCUUGUCUUCACAAUCCACUUUUCGAGAAUUAAACCAUCUGCUAGACAACACGAGCCUGAAAACCAUCCCACUGGUAGACUCCAAAGAAUCCAUGAUUCUCCUGGGCUCCAUCGAGAGAACAGAGCUUCAGGCCGUCUUCGACUGGUGGCUCUCGCCGGAGAGGCGAGCAUUUGAAAGAGGUCAGAGUUCACCGGGCCAGGGCUCCAAAGUGAGCUGGGAGUCCUUCACCUUCGUUGAUGAGGAGGGCGGAGAGGAGAGUGCAGACAAGACUGCUCCGGUUCAGGAGGAAUGCAAUGGGCCCUUCCCAUCCCCCAGACCUCAGGAGGCCUCCACCAACCACACAGGCUCAGACAAGCGCAAGCUGCCGUCUGUCAGGGGGGCCCUUCAGAGACUCUUCUCCUCCACGUCUUCAUCGGGCCAGACUGAAACUCAGGACACAGCGCCCCCUGCACUGACUGACACCAUGUCACCAGAGGAGAUCAAAGCUUGGGAAGAGGCAGAGCUGGACAAGCCAGUCGACAUGGAGCAGAUACGUAUAGACCCCUCCCCGUUUCAGCUGGUGGAAAGAACGUCUCUGCACAAGACCCACACUCUGUUCUCUCUGCUGGGCCUCAGUCACGCCUAUGUCACCAGUAUUGGAAAGCUGGUGGGUGUCGUGGCAUUGAAAGAGUUACAGAAGGCCAUAGAGGGCUCAACUCGGAGCGGGGUGAGACUCCGUCCCCCAUUCGCCAGCUUCAGGGACGCCAGCAGGAAAGCCAAGAAGCACCAGCCUCCAUCAUCCGACCCUUCCUCCCCCACUCGAGACAGAGACCUGUGGGGGGAGGGGAGCAGACACGAGGGGGAGCUAGUGAGGACAGAGCCACAGGAGGACUCCCGAGGGAAAGCGUCAUCUUCCGGAGUAGCCGCCUCGUGUGACUCUGCUCCCUCCUCCCCCAGCAGCACGGGGAGCACCAGCGGCAGCUUCACAGCCACGGGGGGAGUUGAAGGAACUCCUCAGGAGCCGGCGUCCCCUUCUAUCUCCUCUCCUUCCUCAACUUCACCCACUGCUUCCUCUGUGUCACCCACCAGCCCUGUCCUUACACUAUCCUCCCUGCAGGAGGCGAGAGAGAGCGAGGAGUCAGAUGAGCCCAUUUAGGAGGUCUGGGUUUAAAGAAAAGACUUUUACUUUCUUCUGAUUUCACUACUUUUCCCCAGAGACAGCGCUGCUGUCUGGGUGGAGGAGUCGGGCCAACCUGCAGUCCUCACGGACAUUCAGCUCUUAGCGAGCCGGGCGAGCUGGUGCGCACAAAGCUCCUGACACUUGUAGAACGGGAUAUUUUUCUAUUCUUACAAUAAUCUCACUUUUUUUUCACUCUCAGGUGCCUUCCUGUGUCUUUUGAACUGCAGAUGGACAAACCUGUCCAGUCCUACAUGUCACUAUCGGUCAAUGUCCAUCCAUAUCUAGGAAAUGUUGAUUGUGUAAGUCCGUCAAAUGUACUGAUGUCUGGUAAUUUCAUUAACUACCUUUGAGAAAGAUUAACUGACAGCAAUGAAUUGUAUGAUAACGUAAUGAUAUAUCGAUGAAAACUUAAUUAAUUUGACCUAGAUCUCAAAAAGAUCAUGCAUUUAAAGUUUAUUGAUUGAAGUUAAUUUUAAAUUAUAACUUUAACAUUUAUCAUAUAUUUGCUGUAUGGUAAAUAUUCAAGUCACUGUUAUUUUUAAAGAUAAUAAAUAUUAGAUUUGUCCACUAGUUUAUUUUAAAUAUUAACAACAAUAAAGACGAUUAGAAGAAUAGCUGCUAACCCGGACAUCAGUGCUGAUGUUUAGCAGGCUUAAUGGUUGCCGAGUUUAUUGUUUUGCAUGUGAGCAUGCUAAGAUUUAUAAUUAUCAUUAAACAGGAUCCGCAUUCAAACGGAUUUUAGCCAUGGGUCACAACGGUCACCACGCCAACCAGUAAAUCAUCGUCGUGGACAAUCGACGAAAAACAUACGAUAGCUGACGGUCUGAAGAGUUCCUAGAGUUGUAAAAUCCUGUGUGUGUGUACACAGUGCACUCACUGCUUUCUGCUCAUAAACAACUCAUUACAUUUCUGACCUGAUGGUGGCGCUAUAUCAGGAGAUCACCAAAGUUCACCAUGGGGGGACGAGAUAAUAUCUUGACCACAUUUCAGGAGAUAUUUCAGUCUGCAUCAAAGCAGUUGACCAACUGAAAGAUAUGCCAGUAACGUCCAUGUAAUACUACCAUGUAACAGUGGCGACAGCGCUCCAGCAUUCAGAUGAUAAAACUAUGAACAUUUUUGUCUUGUGAAGGUCAGCAGUGUGUUUCAGGCUCUGAUUUAGUUUCAGGCUCUGAAGCAUCUAGUUCCCCGGAAGCCUGUCUGUGAGAAUUCGUCAUCAACGUUCUCCUGGCAUAAAAUAAUCCUGUUGUGGAAUGUGGAAAGACGUGUUAUUAUUAUGUUAAGGCUCUAGAGAAAAAGGGGUGAAAUGUGUGAGAAUGUUAAUUAUUUACACUCUGUGAAAAAGAUGUCCACUCACAUGCACAAGAGAAGCCGUUUGUCGAUUUGUUUAUUUGCUCUUUCUCCACCGGAGGAAAAGAGGAGGAGACGGGUAAAGGAGAGCUGGUGGGGGCGUAGGAGGUUUUGUCGUGCAGGAGAAAGAAGGGAAAGGAAGAGAGACGGGAAGAAAUUGAAUUGUUGACAGAGGAGAGGAGAGGCGGGGAACCACAUGGAAGAACCAUCCUGUGACAGCCGUCCGACAAGCAUGCAUAGGUGUGAGUGUUUGGAGAGAACACUGGUCUCACCAGCCACACUGCCUCGUUCCAAACAAAUAAACCCAAUUUCACACAGAA